AUGGAGCCCACCGUGGGCGACUUCCAACUCGUGCCAGAUGCAACCAAGAAGUCCCUGACCCUAACCACAUGCUGUCGAGUCACGGUCACCGCGGCGGUAGCCACAAGCAUCAUCCUUUCCCUGGGCGUCCUCCUGGCCCUCCUCUCCACACAGGGUGUCGAUGUGGAGCACACGGCCCAGCUGGGAGGAAUCCGCUACGCCAGCAGUUUGCAGCAAGAGAACUCGGACUAUUACCAGAUGCUGACGUCAGCCCUGGAGACGCUGUUUCUAAGUAGCUUCUGGAAGACAGAGCUGGAGGCAAGCUGCGUGAGCUGCACUGUGUUGAGUUACAGGGAUGGGAACGCCAGUGUCCUGGUUCGGUUCCGGCUGCAUUUCCGCCUGCGACCCCUUGGGACGCUGAGCCUGGGUUUGGAAGAGGAAAUUUUGCAGCAAGGGCUACAUGCCAGGCUGGGGGACCACGGUGUCCCUCUGGCCACCUACGGUACUCUGGUGUUGGUCGAGCUCACUGGAAGCCAGAAGGGGCGGCUUACAGAAAGGGAGUUGAAAUCAGUGGUCAAGCCGGAGGUGCUACAGAAAGCAACCGUGGAGCUGUUGGACCAAGCCUUGUGUAUCAGUCUUUACGGUCACUCGCUCACAGACAGGAUGGUAUGCGCUGGCUACCUGGACGGCAAAGUGGACUCCUGCCAGGGUGACUCAGGAGGCCCCCUGGUCUGUGAGGAGCCUUCCGGAAGGUUCUUCUUGGCGGGCAUUGUGAGCUGGGGGAUUGGUUGUGCGGAAGCCCGGCGGCCAGGUGUCUACUCCCGAGUGACAAGGCUUCGUGACUGGAUCCUCGAGACCAUGGCCACCACACCCCUGGCCCCCACCAUGGCUCCUGCUCCCACCACCCCCAGCAGUGCCCAGCCCACCAGCCCUGAGAGCCUCAUGGUUGACACCCCUGCCAGACCCACGCUAACUCCCAGCACAGUGCUCCUGGGCCCGUUCACCACCUCCAAGGCACAAGCUGAGUGUGGGGCCAGGCCUGUCUUAGAGAAGCCGAUCCGGAUCGUGGGUGGCUUGGGAGCCGUCUCUGGGGAGGUGCCUUGGCAGGUCAGCCUGAAGGAAGGUUCCCGACACUUCUGUGGAGCCACCGUGGUGGGUGACCGCUGGCUGCUGUCCGCGGCCCACUGCUUCAACCAUACCAGAGUGGAGUACGUGCGGGCCCACCUGGGCACAGCGUCCCUCAUGGGCGUGGGCGGGAGUCCCGUGAAGGUGGACCUGAAGCGAGUGGUGUUGCACCCACUGUACCACGCGAGCACCCUGGACUUCGAUGUGGCCUUGCUGGAGCUGGCCAGCCCCCUGUUCUUCAACAAGUACGUGCAGCCCAUCUGUCUGCCCCUGGCCAUCCACAAGUUCCCUGUGGGUCGCAAGUGCAUGAUCUCCGGAUGGGGCAACACCCAGGAAGGAAAUGCCACCAAGCCCGACGUUCUACAGAAAGCCUCGGUUGGCAUCAUAGACCAGAAGACGUGCAGCGUCCUCUACAACUUUUCCCUCACAGACCGGAUGAUCUGUGCCGGCUUUCUCGAAGGCAAAGUCGAUUCCUGCCAGGGUGACUCCGGGGGGCCCCUGGCCUGUGAGGAGACCCCUGGCGUCUUCUACCUGGCGGGUAUCGUGAGCUGGGGGAUUGGUUGUGCCCAGGCCAAGAAGCCAGGUGUGUACACACGGGUCACCAGGCUCAAGGGCUGGAUUCUGGAGACCAUGUCUUCUGAACCUCUCCCCACGGCUCCCCCUUCGACCACGAGAAUCUCCACCACCUCAAGCCACCCCCUGAAGACAACUGCUGGCUUCACAAUCCCGGAUGUCGUCACCACCACACCCCAGUCCACCAACACCACUGUCCCUGUCCCGAGCACCGCCACCACGAGGCAGACAUCACCGCCAAACACCCUGGAGACCAGCACCCCACCCCAGCUCUCAGACUGCGGCCUGGCGCCGGCGGCGGCACUGACUCGGAUCGUGGGCGGCAGUGCGGCGGGCCGCGGCGAGUGGCCGUGGCAGGUGAGCCUGUGGCUCCGGCGCCGGGAACACCGCUGCGGCGCCGUGCUGGUGGGCGAGAAGUGGCUGCUGUCGGCGGCACACUGCUUCGACGUCUACGGGGACCCCAAGCAGUGGGCGGCUUUCCUGGGCACGCCUUUCCUGGGCGGCGCGGACGGGCAGCUGGAGCGUGUGGCACGCAUCUACAAACACCCCUUCUACAACCUCUACACGCUCGACUACGAUGUGGCGCUGCUGGAACUCGCUGGGCCCGUGCGCCACAGUCGCUUGGUGCGGCCCAUCUGCCUGCCUGAGCCUGCGCCCCGGCCUCCCGCAGGAGCGCACUGUGUCAUCACCGGCUGGGGCUCCGUACGCGAGGGAGGCGCGAUGGCGCGGCAGCUGCAGAAGGCAGCCGUGAGACUCUUGAGCGAACAGACGUGCCGCCGCUUCUACCCGGUGCAGAUCAGCAGCCGUAUGCUGUGUGCCGGCUUCCCGCAGGGUGGUGUGGAUAGCUGUUCGGGUGACGCUGGGGGGCCCCUAGCUUGCAGGGAGCCCUCAGGACGGUGGGUGUUAAUGGGGGUCACCAGCUGGGGCUACGGCUGCGGGCGGCCCCACUUCCCAGGCGUCUACACGAGGGUGGCCGCAGUGAGAGGCUGGAUCGGACGGAACAUCGAGGACUGA